AUGGGACUACCAAUGGAUCCUAAUCUUGCAAAUAUUCAUGUUCCAAGUGGCCCUACAUCGGUUCACCAGGCCGAGUCAUUCGAAAGUCUAUCGUUACAAGAACUGAUCCUUCGAAAGGACAAUCUUGAAGCAGAGCUAAAAGCCCUAGGUGCAGUCUUGGAUAGUCAUGGAGUCAAUAUGCAAACCAGUCUUACCACCUUCGACGGCUUCCCCCGUUCAGACAUUGAUGUGGCACAAAUCCGAGUCACCAGAACACGGAUCAUCAUCUUGCGAAAUGACUGGAAAGAUCUGAUGGACAGAAUCGAAAAAGGCCUUCAUGAACAUCAUGCUGCAUACCAAGCUUCAGAUGAAUACAAGAAUUCCCUCUCCCAACCAAAAUCAGAACCCACUCCGGUUGUCUCCCAACCACCGCCCUCCGUUCCCGAUACGCCCUUUGCCAAAGUGAACAGUGUUGAGCCAGGCAGUCCUGCGAAUGAAGCUGGUCUGAAAGCUGGUGAUUUAAUAAGAAGAUUUGGCGAUGCUAUUUGGUCGAAUCACGAAAGACUACGAAAAGUCGGUGAAAUUGUCAGUCAAAGUUUGGGUCGGCCGAUCCUGGUGAAAGUCUCUCGAGGAAAUGGACCACGGGCACAGGAGCUGGAUCUGAGACUGACCCCGAGGCAAAACUGGGGUGGUAGAGGAACAUUGGGCUGUCACAUCAUCCCAAUAUAA